AUGGCAAUUCACUUGAUAGCCAUAUUAUUACUAUUUUCCAUUGUGCAAUCUUCAUCCGCACAAUGUCCACCGAAGUGUGUUUGCUCAAAAUUGUCCAGUGACGAUGCUCCAGAAAAACUGCAAGUUGUCUGUGAUGGAAUUUCAUUGGCGGAAAUAUCAGAAAAGUUGACCAGUGCGGAUCCGGUGGAUUUAAUUGUCAAGAACGGUCAAUUUGAUGAAUUACCCAAUGCCGCGUUAAAGAAGAUUAAUCUUGGCAAAUUGACCUUAUUACAAAAUGGCAUUGAAAGGAUCGCGAACGGAGUGUUUAAGGAUCUAUCGAAAAACUUCCGCGAACUGCUUAUACGCGAUGCGGCACUGCAGGUUAUUGAAAACUCAGCAUUUAAUGAUCUCCAGUUUAUUCAGAAUAUUUCCAUUCAAGAUGCUCAUUCGCUGGAAAAACUGCCCAAACUACAAAAUCUACCGGAAUUGCGAUUUCUGGGAAUUAAUAAUAAUUCUGUUCACUUUUUGGAAUCGGGAUUCCUGUCGAAUUUACCAAAACUCAAAGAGAUUAGUUUGAGAAAAAAUCGGAUAGAAAUUUUUGACAUGCAGGCUUUUGCGAAAAUUCCUGCGGUUACUUCGUUGGAUCUAAGCGGAAAUUUACUGAAAGACAUUUCGUUUCUUCCGUUGGUUCUGCGGAGUUUACCAUCUUUAAACUUUUUGCUUUUAGCGCAAAAUAAAAUUCAAACGAUUCCCGUUAAUUUCUUAGACGGUUUAUCAUCUUUAUUAUUAAUCGAUUUGCGCCGGAAUGAAAUUGCUAAACUUCCGGAGCGUUUGAUUAGUUCAGAUAGCGGCAAUUCGGUGCUACGGGAAUUGUAUCUCGGACAAAAUUUUAUCAACGAAAUCCCGGCUGAUUUUUUUGAUAAUCUGACGGGACUGAAGACGCUGAGUUUUGCCAAUAAUUCGCUGAGUUUAAUCGGGCAACAGUUUGCGCCUUUAAAAGAUUUGCUGUAUUUGCGCUUGGAAGGUAACCGGCUCCAGCGAAUCAGCAACGACGCCUUUGCCACACUGGCUCGUUUGCAAGUUUUGUCAUUGGAAAACAACCAUUUGACACUGUUGGAAAAUGGCGUUAUUACGGAUAAACUGGAAUUGCAAACUCUGGAUUUAAGCCGAAAUUAUCUUCAGGAAUUUCGUGGCACGGAACUGAAGAACCUUCCAAAACUGCAGAAUCUCUUCCUAUCGAGCAACAAACUGCGUAACCUUUAUGCCGGCUUCGAGACCCUGCCCGAUCUGCGCCGUCUCGACCUGAGCAGUAACCAAAUCAGCAACAUCGACGACAACACCUUCGCUAAUCUGCGCAACUUAGAAACCCUUCAACUGGAAAAUAAUUUAUUCAUGAAGGUGCCGAUGAACGCCUUAACGGCAUUACCGGCGCUAGAACGUCUGACAUUAGGCGGUAAUCGUAUACACUUCCUCGCGGCCUUCAAACCGAUCGGCCGGCUCAAGUACCUAUCGCUGGAUAAGAACAUCCUGCAGAACAUCGACACGGACGUCUUUUCGCAAUUAUCCGAACUCCGCCAAUUAUUUUUAAAUGACAACCAGAUCAGCGUCUUACAGCCGGGCGCUUUUGGUAACCUUUACACAUUAUACAUUCUGGAUGUUAGUCGGAAUUUCAUCCGCACCGUACCGGAAAAUGUCUUCCAUAAUUUAUUAGCUUUGGAGACACUGGAUUUAUCGGCGAAUGAAAUUGAGCGGCUCGGUACCGGUUUGUUAGGGAAUUUGCCGUCGUUACGCAGCGCCGAUUUCAGUCAGAACCGCAUCGUAUUAUUAGAGGACAAUGCCUUCACGAAAACGCCCAAUCUCAUGCAAUUAAAUAUUAGCCGCAAUCAGUUGAACGUCGUGCCGGGGAUUAUUGGGAAGCUGGGGAAAUUGCGGCGAUUGGAUUUGGGUUACAAUCAGAUUCGUCGUGUGGAGGAUCAGAGUUUUGACGGGUUGUCGCAACUGGAGAUAUUUUUUCUGCAGAAAAAUCCGCUGUGCUAUAUUAGCGGAGCGGCAUUCCGGAAGCUGGACAAACUGACCAGCUUGGAUCUCUCGUCGACGGAUCUGCGCUAUGUACCGCAGACGGCGUUCAAACCGAACCAAGAUUAUUCACAGAUCAACAUGGACGGCUUAACAGUGGAAUGCGACUGUAAUAUGAGGUGGUUACAAGCCAUUAAACCGCUCGUCCGCUGUGGAUACGUUGGUUCGGUGUCCGCGAAUCGGAUCUCGCAAAUCAGCUUCGACACUCUUCCCUGUCCCAAAGGCGAUCCCCUGCAGCAUGCCAGCGAGGAAUGCCAAAUCCAGAAUAUAGCCACGCGUCCACCGCGUACCGGCAUGCAGUCACCGUUGGACGCCGGCGCGGACUCAUCCGCCGGGACGGAACGACCGGAUGACAAUAAAAUCCUGAUGAAAGGCUCGGCCACGCAGGCCUGGUUGACGGUUAACGAGCACAAGGAAAAAGCCGAGGAGCUGGCUGCCAUUCAGGCGGCCAAACAGACAAGAAAUCCUAAUUCGGGAGUACUUUUAAGAUCUGAUGGUGGUUUGUUGGCGGCGCUGGCUGCACUCUUCUUUGCCCUAGUCGUAUUGUGAUACUAAAAAACAUGACCGAGGUGUGAUGGUGUUCGCCGUAGCAGUUUAUUGCUGCUUUCUUUUAUGUUUUAGCUAUGGUAUAUAAUUAUUAAUAAAUCUUGCCAAUGCACACUACAGAA